GGCACACUUUUGCCUUUUCAUGUUUACGCAUUGCUAGUCUUAUUUGUCGAGAAGUAGCACUGGAUUUCAAGUCAUUUUGAGCUUAUAGUUAAUCAACAAAAAGGCUAUAGUCUUGAAAAGUUUUGGCUUAAUUUCCAACUACUUCGAAGUAGUCACUUUGAAGAAAAAAAGUGCCCUGCCUUUUUAGUCUCACUUCGAUGGAGACUUUUCGGCCAAACAUUGGUGCUAUCAUCGAAAUUAUCCCUUGAUCAGGCCUCACAUUUAACACACGUAUACCUUCCAAGUUAGGCUGAAAAAUAGGCCCAGACAGGAAAGUAAAUAGAGAUCGAUAGAAAGCCUUUAGAAAAAGAGGCACUAUCCACGGAAUCUGCCGGCUCCGGAGGCCAAAUAUCCGGCAAUGCGCAAGAUGCAGAUACUCGUGGUGACCCGUGACGGCAGGAAGAGCAUCUACGAGGCCGACCGGUUUGGUACGGUCGGCAACCUGAAGACUCGGAUCGGACGCAACAUGUCCGUGCCGAUGGGCUUCAGCCGGCUGGUGUACAAGGGCCGCAUCCUUUCCAACCAGAGCGUCCUCGAGGACGCCGGCGUGAAGCGUAUGUCGACGCUGGAGCUAUUCUGGCAGCCGCUGGUGUUCACCCCGAAGCAGUUCCGCGAGAAGGAGGGCGACAUGGACAAGCUUGAGCUGAAGCAGCGCGGCACUGGCAGCAACAUUACCGAGAGCUAUGACCAGAUGUUAAAGACCGGGGGCGCUGUGAAGGCCUCCGGCAGUUUUGCAGGCGGCCAGUCGAUGGGCGGCGACGUUCCCAAUCCAUCCUGCAGCGGAUCGGCCAAGUUCGCACUGCCAGCGGUCAUCCGCUCCAGCAGCAAGCUGCAGGAAGUCGAUGAGGAGGAGCUGGAGGAUCUCACCUCCCUGUCCUCCGAUGAACUGGAGUUCCUCGCCGCCUAUCGACGUCCCAAGGCCAAGGAUGAGAUGAAGCCCCAGGACGAGCUGUUGGAUCGUGAGAAAGAGCUGCCCUUCAAGGAUCUUGGCCUGGCGUCCACGGUAUUCCCUUUGGCAGACGCCAAGGGCGUGGAGGUAAAGGAGGAGAAGAAGCCGCCAGCAGUGGAGACUGUCGCCACGACCACCUCGCCCAGCUACAAGAAGAAGAACAAGAAAAACCGCAAGAAGAAGUAGAGCUCUCGUCCUUGCAUAGUCCAUGUGUUGCCAAGCAUCCUCCGUUUUCCAUUUGGCAGCCCGGAAGUCGACGUGUUGAGGUCUAAUCAUGAUAAAGCGUUAUUUGCAAUCGAAUAAAAAUGAAGGAAUCUUCGUUAUAUCCUUA